CAACAUAUCCAGAGUUUGUUGUGUGGCUACCACGUCACAUCAACAGUUGCAAUGUGUCGCUCGGAGAUUGUUUUGAAAGUGAAAAAUAAUUAAAACCUUUAUUUAAUGCAAUUUACGAUAAUUAAUUGGGAAUAAAACGAUGGAAGAGGACAAGAAUAGUCCAAAGUAUGCAAAGCUAUUGACAGAAUACUCAAAGCUACGAGCACAGGCAAAAGUAUUAAAGAAUGCUGUGGUCGAGGAGAGAAAUAAAGUAUCAGUACUGGAAGAAUCCUUGAGAAUUAAAGACCAAAAUUUGAGAAGAACAGAAUCGGAGAUUGACUCAAUUAACUUUAGGAACAAGCAGCUCGAGCAUCGAGUUUCGUCACUGCAAGAUGAUCUUCAGAACCUUAAUAAAUCAAAAGGCGGAGCCAAUAAAUCCAGUAAAUCAAAUCCAUCAAUUGGCAUUAAUCAAAUAGAUCCAAUAAUCUUUGAAGACUUCCAGAAAAAGAUUAUCGAAUGUGCGCAACUUUCAUCCACGAUUUCAGAUAAGAACAAUGAAAUUGAAAUGUAUAUAAAUCGUAUUAAAGAUCUCGAGUUACAUGUAUCGAAAUUGAGUAACAAUCAUUCAGAAACGGAAAAGAAAUUGCGUAGAGAAAUUGAGGUGCUAUCAAGUAAAAAUACAGAGUUAGAGACGAAAAUAAUAGAAGCUACAAGUCAAUUGGGCAGUGAGGGUGAUUCUACGAGUCUAAAAAGUGACUCAACAAUGCCAAUUAGUAAUCUUGUGGCGAGUACCAAUCAUACAGACGAUCGAAUAGCAUUCCUCGAAAAAGAACUGAACCAUUAUCGCACGCAAUAUGAAUUACUCAAAAUUAAUGAUGCCUUAAGAAUGGACGAGCAUCUUAUUUCACAGUCAAAUCAAUUGCCUAAUUUGAAUAGCAUUAAUAACAGUAAUCAGACGACAUCAACUACGAGAAAAGUUCUCUCAUCUCAAUCAUCAACAUCAUCAUCUAUGUCCAAUAACAAUCAUUCGACUUUUGUAAAUUAUCCGACGAGCAGUCAGAGCAGCGGAAGUAAAUCAUCUCCAUGUCAGACUAAAGGCCUUCCAGAAACAACAAAAUGCGACGAUGAUCAUGAAAUAGUCUUAAACCGUGACCAGGUUGUGUACGAGCAUUUUAGCAAACGAUUUGAGGAACUAUUUCAAGAGAAAAGUAGAGCUGAGUCGAAAGUUAUCAAUUACAUGACAGAGUGUGAGACUUUAAAGAAUAACAUCGAACUAUUGGCAGAAGAAAUUGAAGAGAAGGAUAAGAGUAUUGUUGAUUUUAAAGCGUCGUAUAUUCGAUUAGAGGAAGACUUCUUAACGACGAGAGUAAAUUAUGAGGAGCAGAUUUGCGUUUUAACGGAUCAAGUGAUAAGUUUGAGUGAUCAACUUGCUUCAAGAUAAACCAUUACUAUAAUUUUUUGUUUAAAUUCAGACCCGAUUUAUCUCAUAUUUUUGCGUUAUUAACUGGAAAUGCUAGUAAUGAGUUAUAUAUUAUAUAUAAAUGUAUGUAUUAUUAUGAAAGAUAAUAAAAGAAAGUUCUA